AUGCUCUCCCGCAAAGCACUUUUACAAAUUGUGCGUCCUGGCAACACAGUCUUCCGUCCCAUAGCAGUCCGUGGCUUGGCGACUGUCACCGACAAUAUAUAUGCGAACGCGAAACCGUCUAAUGCACAAUAUAACGUUGCGAAACGGAUUCCAGCAGCAUUGAAAUUAAAGACUGGACAAGUAUUCAAUGGCAUCUCAUUCGGUGCCCAGACGCCUGUAUCCGGCGAAGCUGUCUUCACCACAUCUCUUGUGGGAUAUCCCGAGUCAAUGACCGAUCCUUCAUACCGAGGGCAAAUUCUCGUCUUUACUCAACCCCUAAUCGGGAACUACGGUGUACCAGCCCAUAAGAAAGACAGAUUCGGGCUCUUGAGCUCGUUUGAAUCUGAUGGCAUUCAAUGCGAGGCCAUUGUCGUCAAUGACUAUGCUACUCAAUAUUCUCAUUGGACAGCAGUAGAAUCUUUGGGCGAAUGGUGUACUAGGUCCAAUAUUCCUGCCAUCAGCGGUGUAGAUACUCGAGCAAUCGUGCAUUUGUUGCGUAAUCAAGGAUCAACUCUGGCUAGAGUAGACGUUGGCGAUGAUGCGGUUAGCAUGAGUUUAGACAAGGCAGAGUUUGUCGAUCCGAAUACUAGAAACCUCGUUGCCGAAGUUAGUACCAAGGAACCCGUAUCUUACAAUCCAUACGGCGACAUCAAUAUUGCAGUUGUUGACUGUGGUGUUAAGCAUAACAUUCUUCGCUCAUUGACGUCACGUGGGGCUGCGAUCACGGUAUUACCAUGGGACUUUGAUUUCAACAGUAUAGCCCAUCGUUUUGACGGGCUCUUCAUCAGCAAUGGACCCGGCAACCCUACUACAGUAUCAACUACCGUUCAAAAUCUACGUACCGCCCUCACUACAUUCGACAAGCCCAUUUUUGGGAUCUGUAUGGGCAACUUGCUUCUCGGUAUGGCGGCUGGUCUAGGCGUGCGCAAAUUGCGCUUCGGAAAUCGUGGUCAUAACGUUCCUGCUGUAGACCAAACGACGGGAUCAUGUGUAAUUACAUCACAGAACCAUGGUUAUGCUUUAAUGGAUGACGCUAUGCCUAAGGGUUGGGUGAAAUACUUUGUCAACGCGAAUGACGGUACCAAUGAGGGUAUCCGACACGCCAGCCUCCCAAUAAAGAGUGUGCAAUUCCAUCCUGAAGCAAAGGGUGGACCACAAGACACCGAAUACUUGUUUGACGAUUUCGUGGCCGAAAUCCGUGCUCACAAGCUUAAGCGGGAAGGUUUGAUUGAUGGCGUGAGCAAGAGCGUUGGUAUUAGCCAGAGUACGCAAUUGUAA